UUCUCAAGUUGACAGUUUAGCAUAACAAAAGUAUGCAAAAUGUCACUUAUUAUUUUUAAUAGUCGCAAUGCAGUUUUUAAAAUGUAUUUAUUUAUUUAUUAUUUCUCCAGGGGGGUGUGUGUGCAGCUCAAAUGGACCAGGAUUCGGAAAAACCCUGAACACUGGAAUUUUGCCGCAGUUGGUCCCAAAACCUCAUUACCAUUGGAAAUCUAUUUGGAUUAGUGUUCCGUUUUAAAACGUUCUUGAACUACAAUUUCCCAAAGUAGAUUAAAUACAAAAAGCACGUACUUGUCGGCAGCUCUUAGGUACUGUAGAACUUGGUUUGUCAUUUGGAUCUCUCCAAAAAGCUUUACACAAUGAAAGAAACAGAUACAGUAAAAAACUUGGACCUAAGCUUCCUGUCGGUGGAAGAGGAAAAUGCUGUCAUGCAAGUUUUAAACAGAGAUGCACAACUCAGAAACCUGGAAAACGGGCGUGUAAGGCAAUUAAAGCUGUUGAACUUUGAUCCGAGAAAACUGAAGAUCAUGACUGGGGAAUGGUUUGAUGAGAUGAAAUGUCGACGCUAUGGCGAGAACUACAGUGUGAUUGAUGUUGUCAGAUCUUCAUUUAAGAGGAAAAGAAAUCCCGGUGGUGUCACCCAAGGCAAUUUUGUCACCAAUCUUGAAGAGAGAAGGAGAUUCCAGAUUAUCAGAGAGCCUGCAAGAACCCCACUUUUGCAGACAAUAAACCCACAGUCUGUGAGUUAUUCUUCAGUGGCCCAGAAACAUUCCUCAUCUCUGCUGACACAGACAAAGAAUGAAAAUGUGUUUGAUGGGCUGGCUAUGGAUCUGGCUAAUGAAUCUCAGAGCCAGCCUGCUGUGAUAGAUGUUUCUUCUGAAGGUUUUACCCCUUUACAAAUCACAUGUUCUGCUUCAGUUCCAGCAAUUCUGGAGGAUAAUGACCUAGAAUGUGAUGACGAUCUCAAUUCUGUAUCCAGCUUUGGAUCCGAUAUUUCAGCUCAGAAAGUAAUCCACUCCUCAAACUUGCGGUCUGUGUCUGGGCUUGGAGGUAGUUGGAUGAGUCUGUACAGUGAUGCUGGGGAUUUUGGCAACCUCUGUAUCCAGGGAGCAGUGGAGUUCGCCCUGCUGUACCGCGAUGUGAAGAGAGAACUGGUUAUCCUUGUGGAGCAGUGUCAGGACCUAGCGAUUGCAAAUGUGAAGAAACAGCGAACAGACCCGUAUGUGAAGACCUAUUUGUACCCUGAAAAAUCCCGUCUUAGCAAGCGGAAGACUUCAGUAAAGAAAAACACUGUGAACCCUGUCUAUAAGGAACCGCUAACGUACAAAAUGACAAAAGUGGAACUUCAGACCAGGACUCUGAAUCUCUCAGUGUGGCACAAUGACUCUCUGGGUCGAAAUGCUUUCCUUGGAGAAGUUCAAAUAGACCUGCGUACCUGGGACUGGAGGCUUAAUGAUCUAAGCUGGUACAAUUUGCAGCCCAAGAAACCUGAUGCUACAGAAGGCUCCAGCAACAGAGGACAAUUAACUGUAGCACUGAAGUAUGUGCCAACUGGAUCAAUAGGUGCCAAACCAGCCACUGGGGAACUCCAUGUUUGGCUGAAAGAAGCAAGAAACCUGAAAGGCCUAAAGCUCACUGGCGUUGACUCAUUUGUAAAGUGUUACAUUUUACCUGAUACGAGUAAGAAGGGUAGGCAGAAGACCCAGGUCAUCAAGAAAAGCCUGAACCCCAUUUACAACCACACUAUGGUGUAUGAUGGCUUUAAACACGACGAGAUUAAAGAGGCCUGUUGCGAGCUGACAAUCUGGGACCAUGACACCUUCACAAAUCAGUACCUCGGAGGGGUCCGGCUCAGCCUGGGCACAGGUAAAAGCUAUGGGAGAAAUAUGGACUGGAUGGAUUCAGCAGAUGAGGAAAUUGAAGUUUGGAGAAGCAUGAUUUCAAAACCCAAUGGCUGGGUGGAAGCAGUGUUGCCCCUUCGACUCUCUAUGGCCAAAAAAAAGUAGUACUUGCCGGUGGAAGUACUCCCAGAUAGCUUCUGUUACAACACUGUAUUUUUGUUUAAUUUGUUUGUUCUGUGAUCUUUCCACAUUUUGAAAUAUCUGGUUCACUGGGACUGGG